AUGACGCUUCCUUCGCGGCGCCAGCGCAGUACCCCGUUUCUUCAGAGGAACAUCUUGCAAGGCAUGGGCAAUACUCAGUCGUCGGCUCAAAAGGCCGCCGCUUCCGGAGAUGUUCCCAAUGGCCACAACGACGGCCGCCCGACCAAGCGCCGCUGCUUUGACGCCGACCACCAACUCGCAGACCAGAUCUUCCAAGCUCGAGACGUCGGCGAUCUGCAGCGCAAUCUGCGCGUCCAAGUCAACCGUAUCUUUCACAAGGCCUCGAAGAGGGUCGCCGCCGCCUCUUCCGAUGAUGUCGUCAACCUCAAAGCACGGUGCAAGGUCUCACUUUCACACGUGACAAACGCUGGCGACGUCCUGUUGUACUGUAACAGUCAACUGUGUGAUAUCAGAUCUUUCAAGGAUCCCGGCGGACCAUACCGCAUGGCCCGCAUAGGCCUGCCGCGCCCCUUUUAUAUCCCCGAAGACAGCAUGCGUAUCAACCGCGAUGAUGACGGCUCCUUCGACCUAGCUGAUUCUUAUCGCCUUUGCGUCGAGCUGGAGGCCGCUGGCCCAACCUUCUGGCCGCCCAUCAUUAUCAACAACCCUUCCGGCGAUGAGCAUGCCUCUUCUCGGCAGUCAGACACCAUACAUUGGGUGCUCACGGCCGCCUCGUCUGACCUGUUUUCCAGGCGGCGGACGUUGCUGAACCUCAAAGUCAAGAAGAGUCCACAGUUGCUCGCACCAACGGACCACGUCAUCGACGUGGACGCUUCGUGGGCCACCGCCUUCGAGGCAGGUCAGAUUCGGGCUGUGGAAUCAGGCGUCGAACCCUCCAUCACUGUGUCUGGGCAGGACACUCUGGUCUACGAAGCCACUGAUACCAUCAUUGAGCCGCCGUAUGAGAGCCCCCCUGGAACUCCAGUCAGAGCCCUUAGCAACAGCUAUGUCAAUGGAGAUGCCCAUGGCGAUGAAGAGGCCGAAGAAGAACUCACACCCAACCGAUCGCUUCGAGUGCGCGGCGCCACCAAAAACUACAACCUGAAAGUUCUCAGUGACAAGGCUCAAGGAAAGGACAAGAAACGUAAGAAACGCGGGGCCACGAGCGCUGUCGAGGAAGGCAGCGUUACCUAUUACCUGCCCAGCGAAAAAGUCUGCCUGGAUUCCUACCGCUGCAUCACAUGCGGCAUGCCACAUGGCUCUUUUCCCCAGCUUCACGCGCAUCUCAUAAGCCUACAUGACGAGUAUGAAUACCGCCCGCAGUCCCGUACGAAAGGCGCAGAGUUCGAGGUCGCGCAUCGUUACGAAACAUAUUCGUUCGGUCCGGAGCCGUUCGCUCUCCGCCGACCCACCAAGGCGUUCGACUUGGACCAAUUUGCCGAAGGAAACCUAUCAUUUGUGACUUCCCGCUUCGAGACUGAGGACAAGAGCACAGCAGGAGCUGCGCCUCUGGGCGGCCGGUCUAGCAGACAGCCGCUCACCAAGCCCGCACAGGCUCCUUCGAAAUUGAUCAUUCCGGAUAUCGGGCAGCCGCUGUAUGACCCGAUUACCAGGGCCGAGUUACAACCAGGCACCGAGUACAGAAAGCCAGAAGCUAGCCAUGAAUGGCUUAUCCAGUGGCAUCGAGACGCCCUUGCAGAUUUCUCAGAUGUCCCGCCCGACGAGAUGGAGUACAUGCAGGAAUGGGACAAGUUCAUGCUCGCGAAGCGCAUCACAUCAAACAUUUAUUUCUCUCCUGCCUGGCUGAGCUUCGUCAAGAUCAAAUCGGACUGGUUGCUUUCGUCUCCUUCCCGCAUGCUGGAGUUUGGAAAGCAUCUUACAUACCUCUUAGUCCGAGGCAGCCUCGAUCAUGAGACUGUCGAGGAAGCCCUCAAGCACAUUGCUGCUUGCAGGAAGAGGCUUGGCAUGGAGAACGGCAAACACCCCGCAGCGGCACCUAAGGAACCACCGCAGGGGCCCCACGUUAGGAAGAGCGCUGGUGGUUGCCAGGUCUGUGGACUCGUCGUCCUCGGACCAAGGUUGCUGCUGUGUGCCAACUCUGACUGCGCGAAGCGUCUCUAUCAUUCGGAUUGCAUAAGAGAGAACGCAAAGAUGAACAUCGAGGAUCCUGACUGGGUUUGUAACCAGUGCUUUGAUACACAAGUUGCGGAGCACAUUUAG